UGAGUCAACCGACCGGCAAUUUCACUUGGAAGGGCCACUGAAUGGAGUCAACAUGUCCCAACAUUAUUGCGGCUACAACCCGCCGCCACCGAACUUCAAAACCUUUUUCCCGGAAAAAUAUAAGGACCGACUGCAGCGACUUCCCAAUUUUGGAAAAUUGCGAUCUUCGUGGGAGAUCCACAAGCGACCCACCCUCAUAGUUCUCCAUGUGUUUGCGGAUGAUAUCGGAGCGCUGGAGAAGUGGAUAGAUAUGGUAUACCAACUAGCUUCGCCUGCGUUUCUCGGCGGCGAGAUGGACUUCUACGUGGACGACCUGUGGCAGUCUUUCAUCUUUAAUGAGGAUGACUUCAGCUUCCUUCGGAGUGACGGAGGUUGUACCGUGGACUCAUAUCCCCUGAUAUACGCCGCAAGUUCCACUGGAGCUGUAUUCUUCUUUGGGGAUUUCACUGGGCCCCAUUUGCCCGACCCGGAGAACCUCAGGGAUUUCUGCGAUCAGGUGAUAAAGGGGAUAGCAAAGGAGCCCACUUCUAGGGAUCCCAAGGUGGAGAACAUCAGCCUAGACCGCUGGAACGAUCUUAUAUACGCCAGCGAUAAUGAUAUAGCCCUCUGCUUCUACAACUCCCUGCAAAAUGGCGCGGAAGUCAACAGCAGUCUCAUGGCAAAUCUAGAUCGUCUGGGCGAAAAACUGAAGCAGGAGUCAGUGCUUCUGUACAAGAUGGAUAUACAUGGAACCAGUGUCCCCAAGAAGUUUCUCGUAGAGUCCCCGCCCGCCUUCUUCUUUCUCCCCGGAACCCAAAAGCAUAAUCCCCAGCGAUGCAAAUAUCAGCUCAACACGUGGUCAAUGCUGCGAUUUGUAGCCGAAAAUUCCAGCGAGGAGCUUAGUUACUACAACCGUCUGGGGAAUGUAAGGCUCCACGCGGAUUUAUUAAAACAUAUAAAGGAUUAUUUCAGCUAAAGCAGGAAUAAGUCACGUUAUUAGUAGUUCGUAGUAGUUCUAAAAUCAGGCUUUUAGAGGUAUACUAUAUACAUUGGAAUUCUAAGUGACUGUCUAAACUGUCGUUGGUAUACAUACCUCUAAAACUCUAUAAUAUUUAAACUGCAUUUCUGAA